UCUCACUUGUAUCGCCUGCGCUUUGGAUGCUUAGACAGCCCUUUCUGGCCAUGGAAGCUGCUUUUGGGCUUGUGAGAUGCAUUUUCAACAUUCCCGUCUGUGGUGGAUUCUGUGCUCCUACUCAACAUCCUGAGGACACCUGCCUCAAACACUUUUCCAAUGAGUACACCUUGCCACUUGCGGGUGUCUUCAUGAAGCUCGGCCGCUGCCUGGAGACGAACCGCUGCUGCCGGCGCUGUGGCUCUGCGGGCACCUUGUGGGGGAAGCGGCACCGACGAUGUUUGAUGGUGACCUCAUUUUGGAUCUCUUUCGUCGCAUGGCUUCUGAACAUUUACGCCGUGUUGGCCUUAUCCAGCAGCCCCGAGGUUGUCAAAGCCACAGCUUGGGCCAAGGGGAAGAUCUCCUUCAGCGGGAAGUAUGGCGGCGCUGAUUCGUGGGUAGGCCUGGGCGGCAGAGUCGAUGAGGUGAACUGUGGUUUGUCCGACUACACGGACUCCUGCAACGCUUGGUUCCGCGCCAAUGCCACGAAGAUGAAGGAGAUUUCACCAGGAAUCUUUCAACGACAUGUGGAUUUCAAGGACAAGAGGUCAUGCCCCCAGAGCAUCGUCUUCACAGGAGGCCAUAAGUUUGGAGAUCUCAUUGAGGAGGUCGUCGGAUUUGAUGUGGAGGCAUCUCAGGAAAUGUGCCAAAGUUGCUUGGACUCGGCGGCCAGCACCAUCAGCUUCGCUGUCAUGGGUGCCAUCACACAGAUCCCACAGAUGACCACCGAUUUGCAGCGGGCGACACGCUUUGGAGAUGUGAACUGCCAGGCGACGAUGGGUGCGAUCACAUCAUUCUGGGGCACCUACAGCGGCAUUUCUUCGCUGGCCUCUUUCAGUUAUCAAUGCUGGCGACGCUUUCCGAGGUAUGUCAGAGAGCGGAAUGGUGUGCUGGAUUUCUCUUGGUCGAUGGGACCAGGGUUCCUGUGUAUGCUGAUCGCCACGAUUCUCAAACUAUGGGAUGCAAUGGCACAUUUUAUUCUGCCCACACCCAAUGCAAGACACACCAAGCCACCAAAGGAGUGCGACGACAUCUAUGACUACAUGAUCAUGGCUUAUGACGUGCCAGAUUCGGAGAUUGAUGAAACUUCAGAGUCUGGCUCAGACAAUGCCUGAGGGAAGUGAGAUGAUAAUAUGAUGGCCAGUAGACCGGAAUACUUGGCUUGGGUCAGCCUUGAAUUGGUUUUCAGGAUGUUCAAGUGAUGCAAGCGUUGUGAAACGCCACAGGACAUGUUGC